GUCGCCAUCCCGGCCCCGCUGGACCCCGGCGACAGUAGGAAGCCGCGGGGUGGUGGCGAGAGAGGACCCAGGUGUCCCGGCAGUGGGCGCCGCAGGGCGCAGGCUGGGCCAAGGUGCAGGCGGCCAGGGUGGGAGACUGUUCGCCCCGCCCUGACUCCUCCUCUCUUCUCUGCCUGUCCAGGAGUUGGAGAUGUGCAGCUAAAGAAAGCGCAUCUGGGGACGGACACAUCUGGCACUGCGGCCCUUGCCACCUGCCUCUCCACCCACCGAGGCCCUGGCGACCCUGGCCCCACCACGCUACCUUGAGAGUCGCUCAAAAGUAGGGCCCCAGGGCUCGCAGCAGCAUGGGCACCGAGAAAGAAAGCCCAGAGCCUGACUGCCAGAAACAGUUCCAGGCUGCAGUGAGCGUCAUCCAGAACCUGCCUAAGAACGGUUCUUACCGCCCCUCCUAUGAAGAGAUGCUGCGAUUCUACAGUUACUACAAGCAGGCCACCAUGGGGCCCUGCCUGGUCCCCCGGCCUGGGUUCUGGGACCCCAUUGGACGAUAUAAGUGGGACGCCUGGAACAGUCUGGGCAAGAUGAGCAGGGAGGAGGCCAUGUCUGCCUACAUCACUGAAAUGAAACUGGUGGCACAGAAGGUGAUCGACACAGUGCCCCUGGGUGAGGUGGCAGAGGACAUGUUUGGUUACUUCGAGCCCCUGUACCAGGUGAUCCCUGACAUGCCGAGGCCCCCAGAGACCUUCCUGAGAAGGGUCGCAGGUUGGAAAGACCAGGUUGUGAAUGGAGAUGCUGGGGCUGUUUCAGAGCCUCCCUGCCUCCCCAAGGAACUGGCACCCCCAAGCCCAGUGUCUCCUAAACAGGUGCUUCUGUCCAGUGCACACCCCUGCUCUCCCUCCACAGCUUCCCUCUGGGCAGUAACUCUACCAAUCCCUCCAGAGUCCCAUCCAUCCAGAGACCUGGACUCCGAGGUUUUCUGUGAUUCCCUGGAGCAGCGGGAGCCUGAGCUGCAGGUUUGGGCAGAGCAGCGGGCAGCAUCUGGAGGAAAGCGUGAUCCCAGGAACAGCCCCGUGCCCCCUACAGAGAAAGAGGGGAGCACAGCGGGGCCCCAGGAGUUGGAUGUGUGGCUGCUGGGGACAGUUCGAGCACUACAGAAGAGCAUGCAGGAGGUGCAGGCGAGGGUGCAGAGCCUGGAGAGCAUGCCCCGGCCCCCCAAGCAGAGGCCUGCAGCCCAGGCCCAGUGCUCGGCCAUGGCCCCUUGGGCUCCCGGGGCCCACGCUGCUCUUCUUCCUCCUGUGGCCCUUCGUCGUCCAGUGGCUCUUCCGAAUGUUUCGGACCCAAAAGAGGUGACUGUCAGUGGACGGGUCUCUGUAGCCAACUAAGACUAUGUUAUGUGCCAUGAGCCUUCCUAGGGUUUAGAAGAACAGCAUUCAAAAUUCCCCCUCCUGUCAGUGUUUGCCUUCGCACCUCCUCCCCUAACGCAGCGCGGGGUGCAAAUAAGACCCCACCCCUCCCUGCACCUUCACAGGGACGCUUCCUUCCCUCCCCGCAACCACCCCAGGCUUCCCUGGGAGGCUGCAGUUGUGGUGCACGUCCCCGGUGCUGGGUUGGCCGUGACUCGGGGGCGGGGCUAUCGGGUCUCAGCCCCUGCCCUCCCCACCCUCUGGGUCACCUGACUCUCUUCCCACCCCUGCUUCUCCCCGAGGAGGUUCAGCUCUUGGGCAAGUUGGGACUCGGGCCGGCGCCUGGAAGAAUGAUUGGCUGGGAGGCUGCGGGAGGGAGGCCAGGAGGCCCCGACCAGUUGAGUGAGCAGGCCCCGGGGGAGGGGGAUGAGCGCAGUUUGCUCGCCUUCCUCCCCUGCCGGCCCCCUCCGCCCCCACACACACUCAGGACGUCUUCACUGAAGAUUCACUUACAAACGAAUGUUUCACUCAAUAAAAGAAAACCA